AUGGUCAUAGCAGAUGCAAGCCCAGUAGGGUUAGGAGGCGUGUUGGUUCGACUGGGCAAUCCGAUGACAAUAACUGGUGAUAAUAGAAGGCAGUUCUGCAGUGAAGAUUUCAAAUCAUUUUGCAUGGAAAGAAAUAUUAUUUUGCAUAGUACAAUACCCUACUGGCCUCAUCAAAAUGGGGAAGUUGAGCGUCAGAAUCGCGACAUUUUAAAACGCCUUAAAAUAUGUCAAGUUGAGAAAAAGAACUGGCAGGAGAGUUUAUUGGAUUAUAUGACUAUGUACAAUAGGACACCUCAUAAUGUGACCGGAAAAACUCCAGCAGAACUGGUUUUUAAAAGACAUUUCCGUGAUGAAAUUCCCAUGGCUAUACAUAUUAGUCGUGAACUUGAAGACUUUGAGGUCAGGGACAGGGAUCAUGAAAAGAAAGAAGAGGACAAGGAAUAUACAGAUAAGAGGAGCAAGCCCAAAGAGUGUUAUUUAGUACCAGGAGAUAAGGUAUACACCAAAAACUUUAAUAAAAAUAAUAAAUUAAGCUUAAAUUACGAUCCAGUUCCUCACACGGUGCAUCGGAGUGUAGGUGAGGAUGUAGACGUUCGUAACGACGAAACGGGACAAGUCUAUAGAAGGAAUAUAGUACACUUAAAGCAAGUUGAAGGAAUUAAAUAUAAUAAGAAUAAGGAAUUAAAUAUUGGUGAGAAUGAUGAAAGACUAGAAAGUGAUGUAGAGGAAAUUAUAGAUUACAAUUGUACAAAUAAAUGA